UCAUGAUGAGUAAAGUGGUGAAUUGAUAACAGAAUUCGCUUAUAGAUAGACAUUGUCAUGCUCAAAAUUACGAACAGUUCGCAGUAAUUCCUGUUCAAGAUCGAAAAAAAAAACAAAUUCAGUCUUUUUCUGUGGCCCGGAUUGAAUGUCAUAACAUGAGCGAUGUUGAAAACAUUCCACCCUCACUAAUCAAUUUGGUAAAUCAACACGAUCGCGAUCAUGGAGUUCAAGAGGUGCGCAUACAGCUCCCGUUCGGUGAAAUCGCUGGUAAAUGGUGGGGCCCUCAGAACAUCAGGCCUAUCUUGUGUCUUCAUGGGUGGCAGGAUAAUGCAGGUUCAUUCGAUACGUUAAUCCCGCUACUUCCGAAACACAUAAGCUUUUUGGCGUUAGACUUCCCGGGACACGGUUAUUCUUCACGUAUACCGGAUGGGCUCACCUAUCAGGGUAUUAAUUCCAUCAGUCUCCUGCUUGCCAUAAUGGCCGAGUAUGGUUGGAAGAAAGUCUCCUUCCUCAGUCACUCGAUGGGAGCCGUUUUCCAGUUCGUCUUCGCCGCACUCUUCCCCAAUAAAGUGGACCUCAUGAUUUCGUUGGAUUCCUUGAAGCCCCAAGUACUACCACCGGAAUUCAUUACAUCCCGACUAAGCGAUGUGAUCCCGCAGCACAUUGUAGCCGAUCUUCGUAAUCAACAAAAAUCCGAACCACCUUCGUACACCUACGCUGAAAUGGUGGAACGGCUGCACGAGGCUACGUUCCAUUCCAUUAGCCGAGAGUGUUGUCCCUAUCUACUUCAUAGGAACAUGAAGAAAAGCAUGAAAUAUCCCGAAAAAUAUUAUUUCACACGCGACAGUCGCUUGAAAUAUCACGUGGGGCUGGCCUUUUCGCAGGACGUUUGUCUGAGCAUGGCGAAACAAUUAACGAUGCCUUUUCUGUUUAUCAAAGCUACACAAUCGCCCUACUUUGAGGACAAAAGAUAUUAUGAUCAGGUAGUGGAUGUACUGAAGGCUGAGAAUCCCUUCUUUGUGCUGCGUGCGGUUAAGGGAAAGCACCAUGUGCAUCUGACUGAACCGGAACGAGUUGCUCCGGUGGUUACGGAUUUUUUAUUGAAAUAUUGGAUUAAAGAUGAGGAUAUUGUGAGCAAAUUGUGAGAAUGAAAUUUAACAAAAAAUGGAAAAUUUCUUUCACUUUCUAUCUAUACUAAACAUUGAACGAUAUUCUAAUAAAUUGCAUAUAUUGAAAAUAAAAAUAAACGUUUCAUACCUGGUACCCUA